UCACCGCCGAGUCGCUGCAGAGAUUUACAUAUCGUAAUUGUCGAACUUUCUACGUCUCCGAGCGAUCCAAACAUUCCGACAGCCCACAUCAGUAAUAUCACCUUCAUUUCAAGAUGGCUGAGCAACUCGACAUCGGACGCAUGUCUCUCAACGACUCCAAGCACGCUCCUAAUGGCGGGUUCCCUGGAGAGCGUUCUGCUUACAUCCCACCCCACCUUCGCGGCCGCCAGCAGGCACCUAUUGCGAUGGAUGGUCCUCCCAUGCAGAACAACGGUCCCCCUAUGAACGGAGGCCCUCCCAUGAAUGGUCCUCCCAUGAACGGCAACAUGAACGGUAAUGCUUGGGGCGGUCCUCAGAGGGGUUAUGGUGGCCCCCCUCAGCACCGCGGCGGCGAAGGCGGCAACUGGGCAAAUGCCCCCAACUUCACUCCACGAGGUAGAGACUUUCCCCCCCAACAACUCGGCCGCGACUGGGGUACGCAGCCGGGCCAAUUCGACCCAAAUGCUUAUGGUAAACCAGGUGGUGGAGGAUCUGGAGGCGGCGCUGCACGUGGAUCUGGUGAUGGACAGUGGAAGGAUGGCAAGCACAUCCCCGGUCCCUCCAACCCACGUAUUGAGCGUGAGCUUUUCGGUGUUCCCAACGAUCCCUCAAAGCAACACACCGGUAUCAACUUUGAGAAGUACGAUGACAUUCCCGUCGAAGCCUCCGGUCAAGGCGUCCCCGAACCCGUCACGACUUUCACGAACCCUCCUCUCGACGACCAUUUGAUCUCCAACAUCGAAAUGGCCGGCUACAAGGUCCCGACUCCCGUCCAGAAAUACUCCAUUCCCAUCGUCAUGGGAGGUCGCGAUUUGAUGGCUUGCGCUCAGACUGGUUCCGGAAAGACUGGUGGUUUCUUGUUCCCCAUCCUUUCCCAAGCCUUCCAGACUGGACCCAGUGCAGCCCCACCAAGCCAGGCUGGAGGCUACGGCUACGGACGUCAACGCAAGGCCUACCCCACCUCCUUGAUCCUCGCACCCACACGUGAGUUGGUUUCUCAGAUCUUCGAUGAGGCUCGCAAGUUCGCCUACCGUUCUUGGGUCCGACCUUGCGUCGUCUAUGGUGGUGCCGAUAUUGGUUCUCAGCUCCGUCAAAUCGAGCGUGGCUGCGAUCUUCUCGUCGCUACCCCCGGACGUCUCGUCGACUUGAUCGAGCGUGGCCGCAUUUCUCUUCAAAACAUCAAAUACCUUGUUCUCGACGAGGCCGAUCGUAUGCUGGACAUGGGUUUCGAGCCUCAGAUCCGUCGUAUCGUCGAGGGUGAGGAUAUGCCUCCUACUGCUGGUCGUCAGACUCUCAUGUUUUCCGCCACCUUCCCUCGCGACAUUCAGAUGCUUGCUCGCGACUUCUUGAAGGACUACAUUUUCUUGUCGGUCGGUCGUGUUGGUUCCACCUCUGAGAACAUCACUCAGAAGGUUGAGUACGUUGAGGAUGGCGACAAGCGCUCAGUCUUGCUCGACAUCUUGCACACACACAACGGUGGCUUGACUUUGAUCUUCGUUGAGACCAAGCGCAUGGCCGAUUCGCUUUCCGAAUUCCUUAUCAACCAAAACUUCCCUGCCACUUCUAUCCACGGUGACCGCACCCAGCGUGAGCGUGAGAAGGCUCUCGAGCUUUUCCGUUCCGCACGCUUCCCCAUCCUUGUUGCCACUGCUGUUGCAGCCCGUAAGUACCCCCACUUCACCAUACUCCCUUUCUGCCAUUUCCAACCUGCCACCAUUUCACGUUGCGCUUGUUUCAUCCAUCGAUAUCAUGUAUUAUGUGACGGAAAAUCUUAUUGACAAAACAUUUAGGUGGACUUGAUAUUCCCAACGUGAAGCACGUCGUCAACUACGACUUGCCCACCGACAUUGACGACUAUGUUCAUCGUAUUGGUCGUACCGGUCGUGCCGGAAACACUGGUAUCUCCACUGCCUUCUUCAACCGUGGCAACCGCG